AUUCUGAAGUUCGGAAAGGGGCGGGGCCUGAUAGGGUGGUCGUUAUUUUCCGCUAGUGGGCUUCCUGAUGCAUUUCGUUGUUUAUCACCACAUUCUGACGUAACUAUUAUUACAUUUUUCUUAUUUUGAAAAUAAGACAGGCGUCGUCCGUUAUCUAAUAACCUCGAAAUGGCAACAACAGUUAGCACGCAACGGGGACAGGUCUACAUUGGUGAGCUGCCUCAGGAUUUCCUGAGAAUCACCCCGACGCAGCAGCAGCAGCAGGUGCAGUUAGACGCCCAGGCGGCCCGACAGCUGCAGUACGGAGGAUCUCUAGCAACAGCUGGCCGCCUCAGCAUCACCGUGGUCCAGGCGAAGCUUGCAAAGAACUAUGGGAUGACACGCAUGGACCCUUACUGCAGGAUUCGACUUGGCUACGCCGUCUAUGAGACUCCUACUGCACACAACGGAGCAAAGAACCCUCGCUGGAACAAAGUCAUCCAGUGCACUGUCCCGCCCGGGGUCGACUCCUUCUACCUGGAAAUAUUCGAUGAGAGAGCGUUUUCCAUGGAUGACCGCAUCGCUUGGACACACGUGACGAUCCCAGAGAACCUGCGAGAGGGAACCGUCGUGGACGAGUGGUACAGCUUGAGCGGGAGACAGGGGGAUGACAAAGAAGGCAUGAUUAAUCUUGUCAUGUCCUUCGCUUCGAUACCUGCGGGAAUGAUGAUGCAGCCGCAGCCUGUGGUUUUGAUGCCUACAGUUUAUCAACACGGCGUUGGAUAUGUGCCCAUAGCAGGUGUCCCUGGGAUGUAUAACCAAGGUGUGGUGCCCAUGGGAAUGCCAGUCGUGCCUGCUGUAACGUCACAGAGCGCCCCCUGCGGUGAAGAAGACCUUAAAGCCCUUCAGGACAUGUUUCCCAACCUGGACAAGGAGGUGAUCCGCACCGUUUUGGAGGCCCAACAGGGCAACAAGGAUGCUGCCAUUAACUCCCUGCUACAGAUGGCCGAGGAGCUUUAACUGCAGAUCUGUCAAUCAGCUAGCGCUUCAAUCUACCAACAAUCUAAAACUUUAUACCAAAAAGACCUGUAAAUAUGCACACUGAAGUCUAUCAACACUUAACAGUAGCAAGGAAAUCUAACAAACUUUUAAUUGUCUUUAAAUCUGCAUUCAGAAUGAAUGUUUCUGGAACGUUACAGAGAAUGUAGGAUGAUUUUUUGCAAAGGAGUAACUUGUCAUAUGUCCGCUGAGGACAGUAUACCAUAUCUGUAUUGUAGUGAUCCCAUGUCUUAAAGAUGUUUGAUAUACUGUAUUAUUAUGCUUUUAUCUGUAUGAAUUUAGUUACUUAAAUGCACAUGAAUAUAAUUUAUUUUGAAGAUUAUUAAAGAGAUAUGAGAGUAUAUCAGAAUUAAUGUCAUUAUUUUAAUGGCUCUUUUGUGCACAAGCUACUCGAUGACCAUUACAAGAACAGAAUAUCUGUUAAGUGUAAAAUGCCUAAUAGCAGCCCAUGAUAUUGGCAAAUAUAUGACACACAUUGCCUGUAUUGCACAGUAUAGUUGCAAGACCUUGUGGUUAGAAUGAUCAUAAAUGGCACUUGGAGCUUUGCUUUUUUCCUCUGUUUGAGCUUGUUUGCUGAUCCAGCUUUCUAAUAAACCUGGCAUUGCACACUGUGA